AUGGUGACGACACGACGGUCUGCUGCGGAAAAGAGUGGUGUCGCGCUUCGUGCUGCGGCAGCACAGCGACAACGCUCGACGACAGGCGGCCGCUCGCGGUCGAGACCAGCCAGCAGCCAGGACGCAGGUCUGCCAGCAGUCUAUGGAGAGAUGCUGGCUGAAGCUGGUGUUGUGCCGACGCAUUCGACGAUUGAACCGCCACGGAAGAGGCUGAAGCGACCGGGCGAGAGGGCCGGUAGUAAAGAGGACGACGACGACAACGACAACCAAAACGAUGACGAAGACGAAGAUGUGGAAUUUGAAGACAUUGCCAUUCCUUUGCCGGUGAUCCAGACGGCUGAAAUGGAUUCGGAUGACUCAGACGACUCAGACGACUUGGAAAGGGACGAGGCGGAUGUCGAGGCUGCCGUCACAAGAACGGCAACCACAACAACUGGUUCCCCGGAAGCACCGCAAUCGCUGGAACUGAACCUGACAGCGCACGAGAGCGCACUGGCGCAGCUGCUGCCACGACGCUCAAAGACGGCGGCCGGACGACGGAAGCCGCUGAGCCGGGCUGAGCGCAUCGGCCGUCUAGACGUGCACAAGAUGCACGUCAUGUGUCUGCUAGCCCACGCGUCCCGCCGGAACCGGUGGUGCAACCGGGCAGCCGUGCAGGCGGCACUUCGGCCGUUACUCUCGGCCAAGACGGUCACAUAUCUCAACCCGGGUGGCCACCUGUCGCAGUUUGGUCGCACCGAGUCGCUCAAGAACGGGCUGCAGCAGGCCGCCGCCGUCUUCCGUGCCCGCUUUGUCGUGACCGAGCGCGGGAUGCGACGGGCUCUCUGGGCCGAAGACGCCUCCCAGCUGCGCGAUAUUCAGCCGCCGGCCGACGGCGAAACUGUGCUCGAUGAGGACGACUUUGUCCAGGCAGCCCGCUCACUGCGUGGCUCCCGCGACGUCGGCGCCCAGCUGUUUUGCGCCCUGUUGCGGGCUGUCGGCGUCGAGACCCGCCUUGUCUGCUCGCUCCAGCCACUCUCCUUCGUCGCCGGCGCUCCGACGAUGCCGCGCCAGCAGAAGACACCAAAACGACCGACAAGGCCCCCCAUCCCCGAGAUCUACCAGUCGCCACCAUCGCCCCAGCAGCAGCAGCAGCAGGACCCUUUUGUCUCGCCCCUCCGACGUCUCGGCCACCCCCAGGCUGCCGCUUACAACAUCCCGUUCAUGCCGCCGCCUCGCACGCCUCCACGGACGACGACGACGACGACGACACCAACUGCCGUCGUGCUCGGCGAGUCGGCCUUCCCGGUCUACUGGGUCGAGGUGCUGGACGUGGCCCACCAGAAGUGGCAGCCCGUCGACCCGCUCGUCACUGGCACCCAGUGGAAGCCAGCCCGGCUGGAGCCGCCUGCAUCCGACCGCAGCAACCAGCUGACGUACGUGAUCGGCUUUGCCGUCGACCGCAGCGCCAAGGACGUCACCCGCCGCUAUGCCAAGGCCUACAAUGCCAAGACGCGGCGAGCGCGCGUAGACGGACCGGCAGCGAGCACUCUGCCUCUGUCGGCAUCGUCAUCGCCUGCACUCACUGGCCCUCGGUGGCUCCGGCGCGUGCUGCGUCACUACCGGCGGCCCUACGAGACGGACGUGGACACGAUCGAAGACACGGAGCUGUCGGCCAUGGAGGCGCGUGAGCCAAUGCCACGCAACGUCGCCGACUUCCAGAACCACCCGGUCUACGCGCUGGCCCGCCACCUGCACCGCCACCAAGUCCUGCUGCCCGGUGCCACGGCCGUCGGCACCGUCUCGGCCGGCAGCAAGGCGCCUAGUGAGCGCAUCUACCGCCGCCGUGACGUCCGUCCGGUCUACACGGCCGAUCGCUGGUACCGCCAGGGCCGCAUCGUGCUGCCCAACGAAAUCCCGGCAAAGUGGCUGCCGAAACGGGCGAGGAAGCGAGGCGAUGACGACGACGACGAUGACGACGAUAGCAGAAACGACAAGUUACACCCAAUACCUGCUGGCGUGCCCGCAUUCACGCCCGAGCAGACGGAGCUGUACCGAGCGCCAGCCGUCGUCGACGGCCGCGUGCCCAAGAACAAGUUUGGCAACGUGGAGCUGUACGUGCCCAGCAUGGUGCCGCCCGGGGGUGAGCAUGUGGCCGACGAGGCCGCUGCCCGUGCCGCCUUUCUGCUGGGCGUUGACUAUGCCCCGGCUCUGACCGGCUUCCGCUUCGACGGCGGCCACCACGGCACGGCUGUCCUGCGCGGUGUCGUCGUGGCUGCCGAACACGCCCACGCCGUCCGUGCCGUCCUGGCCGGACUCACCGACCAGGCAGAACUGGCCGAGGCCGAGAGGCGCUCGCGGCAGGCCCUGCGCAUCUGGGCUGCGCUGUUGCGCGGGCUGCGCAUCCGCGAGCGGAUCCGAGCUGCAGCACAAGACCGAGGCAAAGAUGUGGAUGAGGACGAGGAUGAGGACGGAGAGGUGGACCAAGAGCCAGACUUGGACGCCAGCGACGUGACGGACGAAUACGACAUGGUCAUGGAUGACGAUCAGGGUGGCGGCGGCGGCUUCCUCCUCGACUGA